AUGAAUGGUGCUAUUGAGGCAUUGUAUAUCUAUGAUGAACAUAAUCGACCUCUCCUCCAAAACACCUAUACCUCUCGGCCGCUCUCGUCCACGCAACUCCUCCCUCUAUACCUCGCACAUCCUGUCCCAAGACCAAGUUUAAUAUAUCUCCCAAAUACAAGUCCGCCCACUCUUCUCUUCAGUCUCAUACACUCAAACCUACUCUUCUGUCUCACUUCCUCUACGGAAAUUGAACCCCUCCUAGCUCUCGAAUUCUUACACCGAGUCAUCGAUAUAUUAGAGGAAUUUGUGGGUGCGCCUUUAUUGGCGCAAAAGAUAGAGAAUAGCUAUGAUGUGGUGGCUCAGUUGUUGAAUGAGAUGUGUGACGCGGGGAUGGUGAGCUCUACCGAGCCUAAUGCGUUGAGGGAUAUGGUGGAGGUGGAGGGUUGGAUUGGCAAGCUUUUAGGGGGGAUCAAUAUUCCUGGGAAACCUGGCUUUGCAACUCCGUCGAGUUCCGGCAUGUCUGGAUUAUCCUCCACAGGAGCACUUGCAGCGAAUACACCAGCACUCCCUUGGAGAAGAGCAAAUGUACGACAUACUUCAAAUGAAUUAUAUGUGGAUCUGGUCGAAACACUUACUGUUACUCUUGCGCCGUCUGGUCGUCCAUUGGCUGCGUUUGCGAAUGGAACUAUAGCAUUUACAUCAAAGAUAUCCGGAGUACCAGACCUACUCCUAAAUCUAUCCACGCCAUCUGGUAGGCAAAACGUGAGCAGCGUCAUGGAAUUACCAGUCUUUCAUCCGUGUGUCAGGUUAGCUAGAUGGAGAGAAAAGCCUGGGGAGCUAAGUUUUGUACCACCAGAUGGACGGUUUGUUCUAGCUGGAUAUGAAGUUGAUUUACUUCCUUCCACGGGUGGGAAGCCCGGUACGACAAAUGCAUCUCAUCUAAAAUUACCUGUCAACAUCGAAGUCAAAACUAGUCUUGGGGCUACUGGGUCCGAUUUCGAGGUUCGACUAUUCAUUGUCAAAGUUUCUGGUCAGGGUAACUCCUCCAUCUCCUCAGGUUCUAAUUCCAGAAGCAAUAGCCAAGCUGCAGGACAUCUGAGUCGGGCUGCUUCUCAAUUCAGUGGUGGUCUAAGUGGCAAUCUUGGAAGCAGUAGUGGUCACAGCACAUUUCCCAUUAUUGAAGACUUAGUAGUCACUAUACCACUACCAGCCGAUGUACGGAAUCUAUCAGAAAUCAAAGCAAGUAGAGGCGACACAACAUAUAACCCAGGUGGAAAGAAUCUGGAAUGGCAUAUACCAGCUAGAGAUGCGGUAGCAGGCGGAGCCACUUUACGAUGUACAGUCGUCGGACCAUUAUCCAAUGAAGAAGAAUUUGAUGGGAAUAAUUUCAGACUGAACGGAGAGUUCGACUAUGAUACGGAAACAUAUCAAAGCACUCCGGCAAAAUCGAAACUCGAAACUUCUUCAGACAAUGAAAGCAAAGACGCAAGAAGAGUCGCACAUAAUAAAAUCCUAAUGCCUAGUUCAGCAGCAGUUAGCUUUUCGGUUAAGGGGUGGCUGGCAAGUGGUAUCAAAGUGGAAAGUCUAACAAUUGAUACGAGGAAGAGUAGAGGGUUAGGAGAGGGUAUUAAACCUUAUAAGGGUGUCAAGUAUUUGACGGUGAGUAGAGGGGGUAUUGAAGUUAGGUGUUAA